AUGCAAGUGGCGCAACCAUCGCUCUCUCGUGCAGUCAAUGUGGACAUCCUGUUGUUGAUACCACAUCGAGCAGCAUUUCUCUGUCAUGUAUGCCGAGUGAUGACUGGCUUCAGACAUCGCCAUCCGCUGACUAUUAUUGUCGCGACUCGUGCGGAGCAGGAUGUGAUCCGGAACGGCACAGCAAACAUCGCGAUGGUACAGAAUCAGCCACAGUGCACUCAGAUUGGCUUCCAAAUAACAAACGAUUCUUGUUGA